AUGUCUGAGGCAGAAGUGUGCCUGUGUUGUGUUGCUUUAGGCUGCAAGUGGCGGCUCAGCCAAUUAAAUGAUUCUCCAGCCCAAGGAAGGGAACCUACCACCGCUAGCUACAUGCCCUCAGCAGAUUGUGUCAUGGCUUGCAUGCCCCUAAUGGGCAGAGUUGGAGCAAAAAAGGACCACCCAGAGCCAAAAACAGGGGGGGGGAGCCCCUUACGCUUUCCCUUGCUUCAGGAGAUAAGAAUGUCAGGAGUCGGAGCACACUUACGGGAUGAACCAGAGACUAAGGUCCAAGGUCCACAGUCUAAGGUCAAGAGCACUGCCAGGUCUUGUACCCUCAUGUGCCUGUGGUCCUUCAGGCUUGGAAGUGGCUCAGCUAUCAGUCUAUCAGAUAUGGUGGCAGCUGGAAUGCUGUAA